CUCCCAGCCCAGCCACCGGCCUCUGCCAGAGCCCCACGCGCGCCCCAAGGCGAACGGUUGGGCGCGGUCACGCGGCAGGGGCGGGGCACAGCGGCUCCGCCCUCUCCUGCUUUGGCGCCAAAGAGCACGGGCACAGCGUGGGCCUGCGGGCAGCAGCGGCGGAGUCGGUGUUAGCGAGAUGAACGGCGAUCAGCCCAGCCCCUGCGGCCAGCUCAAUGGGUGUUCUGGAACUGUAUGUGUGUUGCCAUAACUAACUUGAAGGCUAUCUGGACUUAAAAAAAGGCUGGUUUGGCAGUGAAAUGCUCUGUAAAAAACGGGAGGACUAUUUGGAAUGGCCUGAAUAUUUUAUGGCAGUAGCCUUCUUAUCAGCACAAAGAAGCAAGGAUCCAAAUUCUCAGGUUGGUGCUUGCAUUGUGAAUUCAGAAAACAAGAUUGUUGGAAUUGGAUAUAAUGGGAUGCCUAACGGUUGCAGUGAUGAUUUGCUGCCCUGGACGAGAACAGCACAGAGUAAACUAGACACAAAAUAUCCUUAUGUGUGCCAUGCUGAAUUGAAUGCCAUUAUGAACAAAAACUCAGCUGAUGUGAAAGGUUGCAGCAUGUAUGUUGCCUUGUUUCCAUGUAAUGAAUGUGCAAAGCUCAUCAUCCAGGCAGGUAUAAAAGAAGUUAUUUUUAUGUCUGACAAAUACCAUGAUAGCCCUGAAAUGACAGCUGCCCGGCGCCUGUUUGAUUUAGCUGGAAUUAUAUACAGGAAAUUCAAACCAAAGUGCAAUAAGAUCAUCAUUGACUUUGAUUCAAUUAACGGCAGACCGAGUCAAAAGCCUCUGUGAGUUACGUCUCAUUAAAUCUCUAGAAGAUUGUGAUUAUCCUUUUCUGAGAAGCUGCUAAUGCCUUUCAUCUUGAAGUUACACAUAACUUUUUAAUAGCCACUACAGCUAAAGUAGACAUCUGAAGAAUGUAAGGCCUGAAAUUUUUCUCUGUCAGCCUUGUCAUACAGAAUCUACAUCUAAACUUUUUGGUUGCUGCAUUUUUUUUUUUUUUUUCAAGCCUGCUUUAAAAUC